UUUAACUAUUUCUUAAGGUUUUACAACAUAUUCGUGAUUUAAAAUGUGUUCCCAACUUAGAACAUGUUCUUGAUAAUAAGAACGCGUUAACGAUUUUAACCGUUCUUUUCAAGCAAUUCUCGUUCCAUUCUGUUCUAUUCUUUUACUAAGUGUUCCAAUAUUUUUAAGAAGGCAUUCUAAACGUUCUUGAUCGUUCCGUUUGUUCUCGGGAAAGAACAAUCAUUCCACCAGGAACGCGCCCAGCCCUAUGUCCAAGUACCCGGAGUAGUAUUCUCCAGGAGUUUCUUUACCAUAGAGCCAAAGUAUCCAGUCCACCAUACCAAUUCUACCUGCCAGUGUUUGCCAAAGCCCACAGGCUUGAUGCAAAAAAGCUGGAAUCUGCAAGGAAGGAGUUUGCAUCUAUGGGAAUCUGCAGGGAUCAUCCGACGUUCUUCCUCUCUUUGGGCUAGCUCUUUACUCAUGGUGAAGAAACCUGGACGCCUUGUGGCAAUUACCACCAAAUACUCUAACUCUUCUUGAGAGAUAUCCUUUUCCAGAUAUAAUAGUCCAGGAAGUUCAGUAUCUCCAUGGAUUAGCGGAGAGAUUAUGUGAGGUGAUGAAAUCUCCUCUUUACCCUGGAGGACCAAUGGAUGUUAUGUGCUCAACAAACAAAACAAACGAGUUCAAAUCAAUUUUAAACAAGAGGGGAAUGGAAAUAGAAGAAAUUAUAGAAAAUAUGGGAUCUUUGAUACGGAGCAUUGAAACUAAGAAGAGAAGAAACUCCAGGAAAGAAAAAAAAGCCAAGAUGAAUUGGGACGACUAUCAAAGGUAUGAGACAAUAGUUAUAUGGAUGAAGAAAACAGCAAAAGAAAAUCCUUCGUUUAUAAAACUUAUCAAAAUGGGAAGAUCAGUUGAAGGAAGAGGUAUAUUUGGUUUAAAGAUUGGAAAUUCCCCCCUGGGAACUGAAACUAGGGCUGUGUGGAUAGAUGGAGGAAUACAUGCUAGAGAAUGGAUUGCUAUCAGUACUUCAACAUAUAUCAUAAAAAAACUUAUUGAUACUUUCUCCAGUGAACAAACAAGUGAUCCAGUGAUCCAAAGUGUUGACUGGUACAUAGCACCAUUAUUGAACCCUGAUGGAUAUGAGUACACUCAUACUAAUAAGAGACUUUGGAGAAAAAACAGACGCGAACCACCGGUGGGAGAUAAGAAAAAUUGUUAUGGCGUGGAUUUAAACAGAAAUUUUGGCACAACUGGAUUCGGAAUAGGAGCUUCUACUAGAACUUGUUCUGAAGUGUAUUGGGGAACAGCUGAGAAUUCCGAACCUGAAACUAAAGCAGCGGAGAAAACCAUUCUUAAAUACAAAAAUAAUAUUCGGGUCUACAUAACCUUCCAUUCUUACGGACAAUCUUGGUUAACUUCCUGGGGAUAUACAUCGGAUUUACCGGAAGAUUAUGAUAAACUUUAUACCCUGGCUAGAAGAGGAGCAGAUGCUUCAGAGUUGGUAAACCCAAAGAGAGAAUAUAUUGUUGGAGCUGGGGGAGCAGCUUUAUAUUUGGCUGGUGGAGCUACUGAUGAUUGGGCUAAGAUUGAAGCAGAAAUUCCCUACUCAUAUACAGUAGAACUUCCCACUAAGAAAUCAUUUGUUGUUGAUCCUGCUGAGAUUAUUCCUAUUGGUGAGGAAUUAUGGGCAGCAAUGAGGGAGAUGGCAAUAGAGGCUGCAAAUACUCCUCUUGGCAAGGAUAAAAGAUUAAAAGAAGUGAAGGCGUAAAUUCAAGUGACCCUCCAUCUUUAGAGAGGCAUACCUGCAGUACUCUUAAACAUGUAUAUGAUGUUCAUCAACAGAGAGAUCUCUUUGUUUAUCUCUAAAAGUUGUUUAAAGGAAUUGAUUCUUUGCCACACACUCAAAUUUUAAAAUCCCUUUAUCUUUGCAA